AUGCCCCUAGAGGCUGAAACAUCGGCGAAACGCUGCAAGAACCAAAAGACAAAACAAAAUCCAAGCAGCCAGACAAGCCUCACCUCUCCCUGGGGACGAAGCCACACCAAGCCCAUCGGCAUGAGCACGAGCAAGAACAAGAGCAAUGACAAGAGACGCACGGGAGAAUCUCUCAUCGCACACAGAAUCAGCCAACCCAGUGGACCAUCCUUACUCGCUAGAAUCAAUCAAGACCAAAACGAAUCUCAACCAAUAACCGCCGCACAUCGUAGAAACUAGGAUAGCCACUUCGCAUCCAAAGACAAAAACGACACUUUUCUUUCUCUCCA